AUUUUCCCCGUUAGUUUCCGGUGACGUGAUUACUUCCGGAGGGAGGGUGGUGAGAGAGUGAAACGGCUGUGAUAUUUUAUGGCCACUCACGCAGCCUGAAGUCUAAAGAGGCGCUUGUGACACUCUGCGGAUUAUUUUACAAACACACACACACACACACACACGCCAAACCCGGAGACCACCAUGACCAAAGUCUGAGGUGACGUCAUUUAAAGUAACGAGAUAUUUUUUAAAAAGAUAUAUAUAAGAAAAAGAAAAAACAACCCAAACUCUUCUAAAAUUGUUACAUUUCUUAAAAAACUGUUAAACUGCAAUGCCCGCGGCGAGGAAAACGAGGAAGCCUGAUAUUAAGAUGGUCAUUCUGGGAGACAUGAACGUUGGGAAAACGUCUCUUCUCCACAGAUACACGGAGAGGAGUUUUAAAGACACGCUGAGCACAGUCGGAGGAGCUUUCUUCCUCAAGCAGUGGGGACCCUACAACAUCUCCAUUUGGGACACUGCAGGUCGUGAGCAGUUCCAUGGUCUGGGCUCCAUGUACUGCCGUGGUGCGGCAGCCAUCAUCCUGACAUAUGAUGUGACCAGCUGGCAAAGCCUGUUGCAGCUUGAGGAACGGUUCCUGUCGCUCACCGACUCGGCCAACAGCGACUGUGUUUUCGCCGUUGUAGGCAACAAGGCUGACCUGACAGACCCAUGCGCCCAGGUCACGACCACUGAGGACACUCCAGCAUGCCCUACGCCCCCGCACACGCCUACUGUCCACAAGCAGGUGGCACAGGAGGAUGCUGUGGCGCUCUACAACCGCAUCAUUCGCUACAAGGCCCUUGACACACACACCCUCCCACGUGCUGAGGAUAUGUGCUUCGAGACAAGUGCAAAGACAGGCUACAACGUUGAUGCACUGUUUGAGACACUGUUCGAGCUGCUGCUGCCGUCCAUCAUCAGAAAGCAGGCACAAACACAGACUGGGUCAGCUACUGUAUGUUUGGAGGACUCUCAGGAAGAAAAGAAGAAGAAAAUUGAAUGUUGUGUGUGAAGAACAGGAAUACUAUUAGACGGUCAAAGAUUUCUUAGGUUUUCAGUCAUCCAGGUUUCUAUUAAUGCAGAGUAAAUCACAGUGAUGACUUACUAACUAAAUCUUAGACAUAUUGCUGCUGAAGAGUGACAAAAAGUCUUUAAGAUUAUAACCAAACCCUAGCUGCCUUGACCUCAUGAUGCUCUGGCUUGGUCAAAAUCGCAAUCUUUACACGAAAACCAUGCCAACUGACUUCAAUCCUGCACCUGGUGUCAGUGAUAGUGGUUUACGUUUUUAUCAUGUGGAUCACUUUUUCUGACACCUUUGCUUGAGAUGUUUGAGUAUUUGGAGAAGUGAAAGCCUUAAAGAGUGAUUGUGUGUGAGGAAGAGAUGGUAGGAGCCACUGUAGAUACUAGUUCUAGCUUUACCUCUUUAUGCUGAUCAACAGUGUUGCCAUCCCAGGGCUUAAAUAAGACUUAAGACUGCUGACCUCAAAUCAGCCUGAAAGGGGCACAAUCUUUCUCGUUACUGUGGUUUAUGUCAAGACAAUUAUGUGUUAACAAUAUGUACUGAUAAGUUUGUUGUUUCUGCAGCAGGUUCUACAAUGGCACUUACAGGCUUGGACGUGUGCAAAACACACUUAUGGUGUACACAAAUCUGUUUUGGCACAAAAUUGUUUUUCUCAAUAUUCAUGUGCCAACCCUGGCAUUUCUCUGUUUUAUGGCAUUUUAUUUCAUUUACUGUGACUGUACUGUGAAAACAAUUUAUGGGAUUUUACAUAUUUGCAAACUGAUUGUAUUAUAAAUUAAAAUAAAGGCUGAUUAAAUUAUUUUUACUUAA